AAAUAACUUUGCCUGCAGAAAGGUGAAGUAAUCAGGCUUUACACAGACUCGGUGUGCAAGGAGGACAGUGGAAUCACAGUCCAGGAAGGUGAGCAUGGCAGUAUCCUCAGUAUGUACCUGUGUUUCAAUAAGCAGAACCAUAGACUUCAAUCAACCCUGGAAAUCAGAACGUGACAUCAUUGUACUUGUGCAUGAGGAGGGGAAAGUGAAACUGACCAGCCAACUUACUUUUAUUGUCCAAACUUGAGUGUGAUUAAGAAAAGGAGAAGUCAUAAUAUCCACUUAUCCCAAUGAAAAUGGCCUUUAGCAAUUUGACAUCAAAAGCUGCACUGCUUUAUGAUGAAUGGAUUAAACAUGCUGAUCCAAGAGUGGAAGGCUUCCUACUCAUGUCUUCACCUGUGCCACAGACUAUUAUCAUUGGAGCCUAUAUUUAUUUUGUCACUUCUUUGGGACCAAAACUCAUGGAAAACCGAAAACCUUUUGAACUCAGGCAGAUAAUGGCAUUUUACAAUUUUGGUGUGGUAGCCCUUUCAGUGUAUAUGACUUACGAAUUUCUUAUGUCUGGUUGGGCCACAGGUUAUUCAUUCCGAUGUGACCUUGUUGACUACUCCAGGUCACCUACAGCUCUGAGAAUGGUUCGGACUUGUUGGCUGUACUACUUCUCCAAAUUCAUUGAAUUAUUAGACACUAUCUUUUUUGUUCUGCGAAAAAAAGAGGGCCAAAUUACAUUCCUGCAUGUCUUGCAUCACUCAAUCAUGCCGUGGACCUGGUGGUUCGGAGUCAAAUUUGCUGCAGGUGGGUUAGGAACAUUCCAUGCUCUGUUAAACUGUAUUGUGCACAUCAUCAUGUACAGCUACUAUGGGCUCUGUUCAUUGGGACCAGCCUAUUAUAAAUACUUGUGGUGGAAAAAACACAUGACCUCUAUACAGCUUGUUCAGUUUCUUAUGGUUACAGUUCACGUAGGACAAAUCUACUUUAUGGAUGAUUGUCCAUACCCAUAUCCAGUUUUCAUAUUCAUUAUUUGGCUCUACGGUUCUAUGUUUUUAAUCCUGUUUCUCCACUUCUGGUAUCAUGCUUACACCAGGGGACAGAGACCACCAAAGACUAUGAAAAAUGGAAUCAGCAAAAGCAAAGAUCACUGAAGCAAUGUCUCAUCUAUAUAAAUGUGUACAUCUCAGAUCAGUAACUUGUACUACUUGACAAUCAGGAUAUUUAGGUGCGCACUACACUGUGUACAUUUUACAUGUUUUUCCAAAACAGAGCUUGUAUUUUUACAAUAAGUUAUUUGGG